AUGGACCAUGGGGAUGGUGUUUUCACAAUUAGAAUGCAUUAUGGUGGCCAAUUCAAACAUGGGAAUGAUCAAGUGUACGUUGGAGGGAGGGUGAAUCACAUUGAUUUGUGUCACAUAGACGAGCUUUCUUUGAUAGAACUGGAGAAUAUGUUGAAAGUGAUGGGACUGGGGCACUGCGGGAUUGUCAGAUUCCAUCUUAGAAUUCAUAAUGGAUGGAAAGUUUUAGAUGACGAUGAGGAUGUUUUGGGUUUGGGCAGUUGGGUCAACAAGCACAAAGUGCUUGAUGUCUAUGUUGAACACACCAGAGGUGAUGUCCUUGAUCAAAGCCAAGCAAAGUCAAAUUGUGUUCCUACUGUACAACAGUUCGAUGGAGAAAAUAAUGUGGGUUGUAGUGUUGUGGCUUCUGAUAAUGCAUUAGACAAUGAUUCAUCACAGNCAGGGAAACAGGCACUGAGAAAACUCACCAAAGAAAUUGAUCCGAAAUCAGCAAGAAAACCAUAG